GGAGAGAAAAGGCCAGCAAAAGGGUCAGAGGCAGCACGUGUGCAAGAUCUGAUAAGCUCCCAUCGCCAAUAGCCGGCAUGCAGCCCCGGUGCACGUCGGGUUCGCCACGGCAUGUGCCUCGACGGCACUCGCCGUACGACAGGAGCAACAGCGGCGCCCACAGCGGGCACAGCACAGGCAGCGCGGGCAGCGUCAACAGGCAGACACAGGGACAGUACAGGAGAGGUAAGUUAAGUGAUGUGAGGCAACGAGCGCAACCCACACGUACAAGUGUCUUUGUGUGUGGAUGUCGGUGAUAUAUUGUGUGUGGAUGUCGUUGUUGCUUUCAGGCGAGACGAGUUAUCUGCCUGGGAUGACGUUGACUGACUUGUGGUUCGACUGCCCACUCGACUACAACAAUCCCAAGGGCGAAUGGGUGGGUAUAGGAGCGCGGCAGACAGACAGACAGACAGACAGGCGGAUGUGCGAUGGUGUGCGUUUGUGCGUUGGGUCCACGCAGAUCAAAGUGUUUGUCCGCGAGGUCGUAUCGACAGGCCGCGAACGGUCCAAUCAGGUGGCUUCAUACACCCAUUCACUGCCAGCGUCAGCACGCGCCACUGGGUCUGUCUGUGUGUCUGUGUGUGUUCAGCCUGCCUUGCUGUACCUGGAGGGCGGGCCCGGGUUCCCCGCACCACGACCGGUGUCCAAAUCCGGUAAGCGUCGAUAGCGAUCGACAGACACGCGAGAACACGUGUACAACUCAGUCUGUGUGUGGGUGUGCUGUCGUGUGUGCGGUUCUAGUAGGUUGGCUCCACCGGUCUCUGGAGGAGUAUCGCGUCUACCUGCUCGACGAGCGGGGCACCGGCAACAGGUCACCACACUGAUGGCCGUGAGUGUGCUUACUUGCGCGUGUGUGGUGUGGAUGAUUCAGCACGCCCGUGACCCACGAGACGUUGAGCCACUUUCCAUCCCCACAGCAGCAGGCUGCCUACCUGAUGCACUUCAGGGCCGACAGCAUCAUCCGCGACUGCGAGAGGAUCAGGAGCAUACUGCUCAACCAAGAGAGGUGACCGACACACACACAGACACACACGAAGGACGUCUGGGUACACGUGCGUGUGUGUGUGUGUGUCAGGUGGACGGUGUUGGGUCAGAGCUAUGGCGGUUUCCUGAUCAUGAGAUACCUGUCGGAGGCGCCACAUGCGCUGGAAGCCGCCAUCAUCACAGGGGGGCUGCCGCCCCUUCAACGCAGGUAUCUGUCGCCAUGCACAUUCCACACACAGGUCAAGGUCAUCGCUCUCUGCAACUUUCCAUGCGAUCAACAAUUGUCAAUCAUCAGCGCUGAGGAGGUCUAUCGUGCCACGUUUCGUCGCGUCAUGGAGAGGAACAGGCGAUUCUACGAGAGAUACCCAGGGGUCAGCUCAGCCAAACAGUCAGAAGACACAACACAAACCGGCACAGCCACACAAGGGUGCAUGGGCAUGUGGUUCGUGUGCAUCAGGACGUCAAGCGUGUGCAGGACAUCGUGCGCCACCUCCACUACAACCCCACACCGCUGCCCUCGGGCGGCCUCCUCACCGCCAGGCGGUUCCUGCAGCUGGGCAUGGGAUUUGGCAUGGCCUCGGGCUUCGAGUAAGAGAGCACACACGGACACAAAGAGGAUCCUGUGACAUUUUGGGCGGCUUCAUGUGUGAUGAUUCAAUCAGGUACACUCACUACCUGAUAGAGCAGGCCUUCCUGACGCCUCCAGUUUUGCCGACGCCCGCACCAGUGCCACCACCCGCCGCACCGGCACCAAGUACGGCUACAGAGAGAGACACAUGGCUGCCCCCACCACCGUGCACAAUGUGUGUGUUACGGUUGCAGGUGCAUCGUCGUCUUCCCCCCCUCCCCCGUCCUUCCACCCAUCUGGCGAGGCGAUGCCGCAGCAGGCGUCACUCACACUCAUGGACGUCGAAAGCCCCACAGGUAUCCGUAUAGAACUUUAUGCAGACAAAGUGUGCCUGUGUUGAGAGGGGGGCGUGUGUGUUUCGUUGUGUUGGUGUCAUAGGCAUGCGCGACAUGAGCACCGGUCCGAUGCGGCCGGUGGAGCCUCUGCAGCUCAGCUAUCAGUUCCUCAGGGGCGUCGAGAGCGGACAGUCUUUCGAGGUAAGGGACCCCAGCUCACCAGACAGACAACCAGCACAGUGAACCUGUCUCUGUGCAGCUGAACCCGUUGUACGCGUUGCUGCACGAGUCCAUCUACUGCACGUCGGGUGUGCCGCCGUCGAUGUGGGCGGCCGAGCGCGUCAUCCGCGGCGGUGACCCGAUGUUUGUCCGGGCAUUCGACUAUGAGGGCAAGCUGCACUACAGCGAUGGAGACAUCAUGAAGGAGCCCAUUCUUUUCACCGGUAGACGUGCCGAUGGGUGUGGGGUGGGACGGGAGGAGGCGCAUCCUCUGUCGUGUGUUCCGUGUGUGUGUUGUGUUGUGUGUAGGUGAGAUGGUGUUCAGUUGGAUGUUUGAGGACUACGAGAAGCUGAGGCCUCUCAGGGACGUGGCCAACCUGAUCGCCAACAAAGACGACUGGCCGCCUCUCUACAGCAUUGACAGCCUCAAAAGGUACCAAACAACACAGACGGACACACACACAUGCGUCCAUCCACAUGUGAUGGUCAGGUGUGACGUGCCGUGUGCUGCUGCGGUGUAUUACGAGGACAUGUAUGUGGAGUCUCGCUUCUCGGAGGAGACCGCCAAUGUGCUGCCCUCAUGCAAGAUUUGGCUCACUAACGAAUACCAACACUCGGGGCUCAGAGGUACGUCGACGAGACGCAGAGAGAGAGAGAGAGAGAGAGAGAGAGCUGGACGUUUGACCUGUUUCAACGUGCAGAUGACGGCUACACGAUUUUGAACAAGCUUUUUUGGAUGGUCCGGGGCGGCGUGGCCAUCCCGUCAUGACACUCAUGGGUGGAUGAAGAUCGAUGGAUGCGUGGAGUGCGAAAUGCGCGCGCAUUUGCCUACAUUGACAUGCAGACAGGCAUUGGUGUGUGUGUGCGUGUGUAGCUGAGCGAGUAUGUAUACUAGCGGGCGGAAAUGUGUACGUUUGUGUGUUGUGUACAUACAUUCAGGCAGGCAGGCAUCGGCCGAUCGGCCCUCUAAUGAGCGGCCGCGUGUGCAAGGCAGUGGUCGACACGGACUCAUGCGUGCAGUGGACGAUGGGAAUCGCUGUUCCUUCUAGCUGCACGUAUGUAUGUGCGUGUUGACUGCAUUGUGGCCGUAUACACUGACUGAUUCAAUAUCCCACAGCAGUACCUACCAACGUGCACUAAGAGAGUCACCCCUCAA